AUGCCAACUUGUUGGCUUGUCAGCGAUGAGGGUAAUCAUAAACCCAUUCAUUUACCCCAUUUACAAACAGUUGUGUUGGGUAGAGGCCCAGAAACGACAAUUAAGGACAAGAAAUGUUCUCGGCAGCAAGUUCAACUGACAGCUGAAUGCAACAAAGGUUAUGUCAAAGUUAAACAGCUGGGCUCAAACCCCACCUCUGUAGACUCUGUGGUGUUCAAGGAAGAUCCAACAGGGAACAGCAGUGGCACUAAAAGACCAAGGGAGCCGGCUUUAGAGGACAGCAAAAGCCAGAAAGCUGUUCAGAUGAAGAAAGUGGCUAAACAGUCAGAGGAAGAUUCAGUUUCAGUCAGUCAGGGAGAAACUACAAAAAACAAUGUAAGUGUUGGUCAUUGGAGCCAAGGUUUAAAGACUUCUAUGCAAGACCCCAAGAUGCAGGUGUAUAAAGAUGAUAAAGUUGUUGUGAUUAAAGACAAAUAUCCCAAAGCUCGCUACCACUGGCUGGUCCUUCCGUGGCAGUCGAUUCCAAACCUGAAGGCUUUAAGUGGGGAGCACUAUGAUCUGGUGAAACACAUGCAGCUGGUUGCUGACCGCAUGGUUCAACAAUGUCCAGAUUCUGACUCACUAGGCUUCCGCACAGGUUACCAUGCCAUCCCAAGUAUGAGUCAUGUUCACCUCCACGUGAUAAGCCAAGAUUUUGACUCUCCUUGUUUGAAGAACAAAAAGCACUGGAACUCCUUCACAACAGACUAUUUCAUUGACUCUCACGAGAUCAUUCAGAUGCUUGAAGCAAAUGGAAAGGUCACAGUAAAGGAGGGCGCCAGUGAACUGUUGAAACUGCCACUCUGCUGCCAUGUGUGUCGCAAAGAGCUUCAAACUAUACCUGCUCUGAAGGAGCACCUGAAGUUUCACUUUUCCAAAUAA